AGAGGUGAGACGCAUCAUCUGAAGUCAUGCUAAUCUUCCGUUACCUCGCUGUCUUUUGCCUGAUUGGUCUUAUGACAAUUGACCAAACAGAAUCGUGGACCCGGAGGCGUUCUUCUAGAUCCAGGGGUUUGAGUAGAGGUUUGGGUAGAGCAAUAAAGGUUGCAGGCACUGUGAUAACAGUGGCUAGCAUGGCAAGAAGAUUCCGGGACUUUUUUCGGAGAGACAGAAAGCGAUCAGCAGAAAGCGUAAUACCUGAUGUAGAUAUCUGUAGAUUCAACACUGUUGAUCUGAAUGACGACAACACUGUUACCAAGGAGGAAUUAGACACCCUGAUGCAAAGCACAGGGUUAGAGGAGCUGGAGGAACUAUUUGAACAGUUAGAUCAAAACAAUGAUGAUAUCGUAACAAAAGAGGAGUACAUGGACUUGUAUGAGGAAGUAUGCACUGGGGACCUGAUAGGAGAUACCCAGCAAAACAGCAAGUUAGAUCUGAAGAGAGAGGAGUAUACAGAAGAAACAGAUUGAAAAUAAUAUUAAGAG